AUUAAAAACUACAUUUCCCACAGCGAUGAGACAGUGCAGGCACAUUGGGUAGCGUAGUUCUCUAGUAGUUCCUCGCCAGAAUGAAGUACAAGCAAGGAAACCAUACCAAAACUACAUUUAUCAGGCGACGUUGCGCAGGCUGUUUCGUAGAGAGAGAAAAAAAAAGUUCUCGUAGUUGUUUUCAUUCCAAUGUAAAAAGUCACACUUUAGUCGUUUCUCGGAUCUUGAGAUUGUCUUGAAGCUGUUUGAAGACACCAAAGUUCACAGGGACCAGUACCAGGAUGGGGACUAAACCAGGCCCAGUACAGAUCGUCACAGUGUGUAAGGAGGAACACUCCUUUGCUUUAGACACCGAGGCUUUGGCUCGGAUUCUACUGGCUCCUGAGGUCCGAGACAAACACGUGGUCGUGCUGUCCGUGGCCGGAGCCUUCAGGAAGGGCAAGAGCUUCUUGCUUGAUUUCAUGCUCCGCUACAUGUACAGAAAGGAUGAUGAAAACUGGCUGGGUGAGGAUGAUGAGCCGCUGACUGGAUUUUCUUGGCGAGGGGGUUCAGAACCAGAGACAACAGGCAUCCAGCUGUGGAGUGAAGUUUUCCUCAUGAAAAAGAGUAAUGGAACAGAGGUGGCAGUAGUGUUGAUGGACACUCAGGGUGCCUUUGAUAACCAGUCCACCGUGAAGGACUGUGCCACCAUCUUUGCACUCAGCACCAUGACCAGCUCAAUACAGAUCUACAAUCUGUCACAGAACAUACAAGAGGACGAUCUGCAGCAGUUACAGCUGUUCACAGAGUAUGGUCGUCUUGCCAUGGAUGAGAUCUUUCUGAAGCCCUUCCAGUCUUUGAUGUUCCUAAUCAGAGACUGGAGCUUCCCCUAUGAAUAUGAGUACGGUUUUAAAGGAGGCGACAAAUUCCUGGAUAAACGGUUACAGGUGAAUGAGUCCCAACAUGAGGAGCUGCAAACAGUGAGGGAUCACAUCCAUUCAUGCUUCACCAGCAUUUCCUGCUUCUUGUUACCUCACCCUGGGUUGAAGGUUGCCACCAGCCCCGUUUUUAAGGGACAGCUUAAUGUGGUUGCCCCGGAGUUUAAAGAGGAGCUGAAGAGCCUGAUCCCCAAACUGCUGCAUCCCGAUCGUCUGGCUGAGAAAGAAAUAAAUGGAAACAAAGUCACUUGCCGGGGUCUGCUCGAGUUCUUCAAGGCUUACAUCAAGAUUUACCAGGGAGAAGACUUGCCACAGCCAAAGACUAUGCUCAUGGCUACAGCAGAGGCCAAUAACCUGGCAGCCGUGGCAACAGCCAAAGAUCAGUAUCACAAGAACAUGGAGAAGGUGUGUGGGGGAGACUUGCCCUACGUGGCUCCUGACUCUCUGGAGGAAAAGCACCACUUCUACAGCCGAGAGGCUCUUCACAACUUCUCUUCGACCAAAAAGAUGGGCGGACAAGAGUUCUGUAACCGUUACCAAGCACAGCUGGAAAAGGAGCUGGAGGAAAUGUGGCAGUCCCUCAGCAAGCACAAUGCGUCAAAAAAUCUCUUCAGUGCAUUCCGGACACCUGCAGUGCUGUUUGUCCUGGUGUGCUUCCUCUACGUGCUGUCAGGUGUGUUGCUCUUCGUUGGCCUGGCUACCUUCGCCUUGGUGUGUGACUGUACACUGGGUGUGGUCAUGAUGUCGAUGCUGACGUGGGCCUUCAUCCGCUACUCUGGUCGGUACCGAACUGUAGGGGGAGCUAUCGACCAGGCCGCAGGUGUUGUCCUAGAGCAGGCCACAGUGGUGUUGAACAAGUCGAGAGGCACAGGCACAAGUAGCCUGAAGAAAUCCAGUUAGAAGACCUCUGGACCUUCAUAAUCUCAAUGCAAUGCUACACAACACAAGCACACAUUCAGCACUAAAGCCUUAUCAUGCCACCCAUUGGAACAAACAUGCAGCUCAACCACAUCGGCACAGGUUUCAAACAUGAUGCUAAUUCACCAGCAUCUAUAUAAUGCACAUUACUCGGCCUAUUCAAGUCCAGGCUUCUAUAAAGGUGACUGGAUUCACUGGUGGCAAUUGCAGGGAGUUAAACCAUCCAAAUCCCUCUUAUUGACACUUCAUGUCUUGAAUUGACACUGCCACCAUUUUACAAGUUUACAAUUGGUCUUAAUAGACAAGUCGAUGUUUACCUUCAAACUUAUUAAAUACACUUUCUUGGUUGUAUAUUGUUCAAACAUGGGUAGUCAGGGUGAUUUUCAAACAGAGCUUUUGCAGUAUAUUUCAUUACCAUAAAAAGUGCUGGCUUUAAAGUUUUUACAUUUAUACAUAUUUUUUUUGUGGCUAUAUUUUUUUUACUUCGUGGCCUUAAAAACAAUAUGAUACAUUAAAUGUGUACAGCGCUUUUCCAGGUCAAAGUUGCUUUACAUAGCAGAGUAAAAGAAGAAAUUCCAUAUGCACUUUCUAUAUAGCACAGUAGAUUUUGGCAGCCGCAUGUAAUGGGAGUUCAGUUGAAUCUCAUUUGCCGUUUAUUCCUUGAUGGAAGCGAGUUUUACUUAGUAGAUUUUGAUACUAGACUCUUCUAGGGAAAUUAUAUAUAGUAAGUUAUAUUCUGCAACAUUUUCCAAGUCCAAAGAUAAGACACUAUUGGAAUACUUAAAGCUGCAUACUUAAAACGCACAACAAAAAACGCACAACAUAAUAAUAAAAUUAGCGACCAGUCAGCCAAAGAGUUAGCUUUAAAUAUUUGAAUUAUACGUUGACCUUGUACUCGGUGAGAAAACACUAUGCCACUCAAACAUUGCAAGUGUAAAACAUGCAUGGAAUAAAUAAGCAGGGUGUUAAAACAGACAGACAGAAAACACAAUAAGCAUUAGAAAAUGUGACUGAGUGGCUGUUUGUACACAUCUCAAUAUUAAGAAGACUGCAGCACUUGGAUAGUUUAUGAUCAUAUUUGGUAGUUGUCAAACAUUCCUAAUGUCUAGUCAUGUUUGCACCUCAGAAACUAAUUCUUGAUGUAAUGCUUUUAGCGACAACUCGUAGCCUUUACUUGCAGCCAUUUCAGCUGUAUUUUUCCAAAAUUAGUCAUACAGGGAAUUACAAGAGUUGACAACUCAGUGGAUUUAUAAGGUUUUAGUUUUCCUUUGUGGGGCCAAGCAGCGCUUCUUAGGCUAACUCAGAAUAAAUCAGGCAUUGGAUUAAAGGACUGAUUAUUUGCAACCUUCCCUUGCAUCUCUGAAUUUAAGAGGCCACUCCUUUAGAAACAUUGGAUGGAAGAAGUUAAAUGGCCAGAAUUCAGUAUUAUAAAAUAGGCCUUUAAAAUGCCAUUAGAUUGUGUGGCCUGAGAACAAAAAUAGGAUAAUACAGUCUGUAGUGUUUUGUGCAUUGUGCACUUCAACAACUAGCCAUUUAUUUGAGUUUGAGCACAGGACAGAGUGGACACACAAAAAGCUGAUAAACAGUGCUUUCCUUUCACAGGUCAAGGUAUAAGUUGUACGAAUACAAGGCCAAAAAUGAAAUGUGAAAAUAUGUAGGAUGAGAGACUUUCUCAAUCCAUGAUUUUUGACCAUCAUUUUGCACAUUCGAUGUCUGUUCCAAAUGUUUUACAAGCACUUUCUAUUGCACUCCCCCUCCUCUUUAGUGCUUUUUGCACACAGCUCAUUCCAAGGUGAAUAAAUGCAUGCAAUGUUGUAGCUACGGCUAAUAUAAUCAUCUCUUGUGGGGGUAAGGUGGCCUUGACUUGAGAAAUGCUGUUUUCCAAAAAAUAAAAAUAAAAGAUUGAAACUGUUAA